UGUUAAUAAAUUUAUUAUUAGGAAAAAAGAAGAAACUUUUUUUUAUUUAUUUAUCAAAGAGUGUGUGCCAUCUCGAUUGGCGAUAACCAUAGAAUCGGAUUACUCUCGAAUUAACAACGGUCAUAAAUAAAAUAAUAAAACUGAUUAAAUUCAAUAGAAUUUGGUUUUCGGUUCGUGCCUGUGCUGCAUGCACACAAAUUUGGUCGUUUGUGAAAUAAAAAAAUAAAAAAAUACCAUGUUCUCGCCACUUUAUUUGCUAUUGACAAUUUCGAUUUUUACAAAAUAUGUUGACUGUUAUGUGGUGGACAAUAGUGUGUCAAUGAUAAAUGAAGUUAAAUCACAAACAGACGACAGACGAACCGCUUAUUUCGAUAGUAACAACAAUAAUAACAAAGUCAAUGAGGUCGGUAAUCACAUUCGAACAUCAGCGAUAAAUGUGACUGCAUUUGACAAUGGUAUGAAAAUGCCAAAACCAAACGAUGCUAUUGAUGUUUCAACAUUUCGAACGAGCAGCGAUUCGGGUGGUGACGCAUUAACUGAGGUGGAAACAGGUCGGAAGAAGUAUGUCGGGGGAAAGUUUCCAAAGUUUGGCGGCGGAAAAAAGAAGAAGUACAAAUGGUUGUAUCCGGUCAUAAUUGGUUUGUUCAUCACGAAAAUGAUAAUGUUUCCGAUGUUCGUCAAGGUCGUCACUAUAUUGUCGAGUGCCGCAUUUGUGUUUAGUAAAAUGUCAUUGUUGGCCUCGCUCAUACUUGGAUUGAAAUUUUUUUUAUCAAACAGCCACCAAAACAAUGAUUCAAAAGUUGAAAUUGUUCAUGUUCCGUUGAAGAAGUAUGGCGGCAGUGAUUGGGACCGUGAAACAUCAGAGUCAAAAUUUCAUAAUGUUAUUCCAGAUAAUAUCUACGAACAUGAACUAAGACCAAAUCGAUUUGUCAUUUAAUAUGUAAGAAUUUUGUUUAAGAGCAAUUAUAGUCAAGUUUGAAAGCAAAAAUUAUUUAUUAUUUAUUUAUUUAUUUAUUUAUUUAUUGAGAAU